AUUUCUUUGACGGGCCGUGAGCCAGAAUAAUUUUAGAGUGAAUAAACUAUAGGGAUCCUUCUAUGGUAUGAGUGCAGCCAACAGAGAGAAGUGAUAAUACGGAAUACAUCGUUACUUACAUCCGCCAUUACUUUCUUUUUGAGUAACCACGUUGUAACUGAUCUUAAAAAAUGACAAAUUCAAAAGGUUACCGUCGUGGAACAAGAGAUUUAUUCUCUCGGAAGUUCCGUAAACAUGGUACGAUACCUUUGUCAACGUACAUGAAGGUGUACAAAGUGGGCGAUAUCGUUGACAUUAAAGGAAAUGGUGCUGUACAAAAAGGUAUGCCAUACAAAGUUUAUCACGGCAGAACCGGAAGAGUUUAUAAUGUCACCGCACACGCUUUGGGUAUUAUUGUCAACAAACGUGUUCGCCAUCGCAUCAUCCCGAAAAGGAUUAACGUUCGAAUUGAACAUGUUAACCAUUCAAAAUGCAGAGAGGACUUCAUCAAACGUGUUAAAGAAAAUGAAAAGCUACGAAAAGAAGCAAAGGACAAAAAUACGAAAGUCUCAUUGAAAAGGCAACCAGCUGGACCUAAACCGGCACAUGUUGUUUCCGGAAAACAGCAACCGAUUGUUUUGGCUCCUAUUCCUUAUGAGUUCAUUGCUUAAUUUUGUAUUAAGUUAAUAAAGUAAUAAUUAUAUACA